AUGCCAGGUCCUCUCCUCCAAGACCAAAUAAGCACAUUAUUUUUCCCUCCUCUUCUUUAUAUCCAUCUCCUUGACCUGAACCCAUCAAUGCAGCAUGAAUCAAUUCCUCCACAAGUUGAUCCAUCCAUUUCUCUAACAUCUCCAUCCCACAAUAUUCGACAACUCCUCCACUCGUUGAUACACGUAGCACUCCUCCGUGGGCAUCUCGGCAUGAAGUAUUCUCUCCAAGAUUACACUAUUGGUCAACAUGAUUUUGAGGUUGUUAUGGCUCACAUAAAUCAUAUUGUUUCCAUGGUAGAAGAUACUGAAGAUAUUGCUGACUCUCCCUCCGGUUCUCCUCACGAUGAUCAGCCUUCUCCACUACCUCCACCACCACCUACUGGUAACAAUUUUCUAGCUCUAUUUCAACCUCCUCCACCGUCAAAUCCUCAUUCUCCAAUUACAUAUCCACCUCUCAACACUCCUCUAGGGUCUCUUACACAUGUUGAUGAUUCCAUAAAGGGAGAGAAGGAUAAAGGAGUUGUAGUGUAUGCUUACAAUUAUGAUGAUGAUGAUGAUGAUUAG